AUGGUGAUGAGUUCCGCAAGUCGUGCCGUGCUGUUGAAGAUAUGGUUGCUGGACUCGUACGUUGUUGCGGCCUCAGGUGAACUCCACGAUGAAGACACCGUAGAAUCCGGAAUGGAGAUUCAUCCGUUUCCUGCUGUGAAAAUGCUCUACAAGGUAUUCGACGCUCAGAGUGCGGCAACCGAUCCACGUGCAAACGGUGAAGAUGCUAGCGUUGGUCUGAUCGACGUGCCGUUGGGGUGCUGCAUGAAACUCAUCGAACAUCUGCUAUUGAGCAGCUAUUCAUUGCCACUCCCAUGUAGAUCUGUGGGACAAUUUUACGUUGGUUUCUUGAAACUCGCUGACUCUGUGUAA